GAGAGCGCGAGAUGCUGCUGACACAUUCCUAAAAAAGAUGUGUAAAAUGGCGCAAGUAUGUUGGAGCCACCGGCUGUAGUUUGGAUCUAGAGGAGCUGGUUACUGCUUUCACAUCCUUGUCUUCGCUCUUGCCUCACCUUCUUUCUUUAAUUUCUUUUUUCUUUUUUGCAUCUCGUCUAAUUUUCAAUGUGAUUAAAUGGCUUCCGGACGGUGCCGUCAGGCUCCUUGCUCACUCGGAAUACUCCUGUUCGCUUUUGUGGGUAUGACAUCCGGGGCCGAGCUGUCAUUCACUCUGGAGCCCAGUGACAUCAUCGCUGUUCAGGAACAACCUCUGAUGCUGCACUGUCAGGUGGAGGGGAUCCCACCCAUCACCACACAGUGGAGACGCAAUGGAGCGCUGAUUGUGGAAGACCAAAACUACGUCAUGUUCGCUAAUGGCUCGCUUCUGAUUGGCCACUUCCAGAAGACCAAGUCUGAUGGCUCGUCUGAUGAGGGAGACUACGAGUGCAUAGCCCAAAACUUUUUUGGUCUUGUCUUGAGCCGCAAAGCCAGAGUGCAGGCUGCUACAAUGGCAGACUUUCAUGUGCAGCCACGUUCUGUACGUGCAGAGCUGGGAGGUGUUGGGCGAUUUCAGUGCCAAAUCCAUGGCCUGCCCGAGCCGGUCAUCAGCUGGGAAAGAGACGGACGGCCCGUGGAUACCUCUGAUGACAGAUAUACUCUGUUGCCCACGGGUGUGCUGCAGAUAACAGGAGUAGGACCUGAGGAUGGUGGGGUAUACUGCUGUGUUGCCCACAACAGUGCUGGAGUCAAACACAGUGCAGGAGCGCAGCUCACAGUCUCAGGCUCCCAGUCAUCUGUUUACAAAGAACCCAUGAUCCUAGUGGGCCCUGAAAACCUCACCCUUACAGUUCACCAGACUGCCAUCCUGGAGUGUGUUGCCACGGGUUACCCGCGUCCAAUCGUUUCGUGGAGUAGACUGGAUGGUCGCCCAAUAGGAGUUGAGGGUAUCCAAGUACUGGGAACAGGAAACCUGAUGAUCUCUGAUGUCAGAGUUCAACAUUCUGGUAUUUACGUCUGUGCGGCCAACAAACCAGGAACCCGUGUGCGCAGAACUGCUCAGGGACAUCUUGUUGUGCAAGCCCCAGCAGAGUUUGUGCAGCCGCCUCAGUCCAUUGCUCGCCCGGUGGGCACCACCGCCAUCUUCACUUGUCUGGCCCGGGGUGAGCCAGUCCCCCAGCUCACCUGGCUGAAAAAUGGACAAAUCUUAGAGCCCGAUGGCCAUAUCAAACUCAGGAACAACAACAGUACUCUGACCAUCUAUGGAGUAACCCAGGAGGAUGAGGCCAUAUAUCAGUGCAUUGCAGAGAACAGUGCUGGCUCAACACAGGCCAGUGCUCGUCUGACCGUCCUGUGGGCUGAUGGGUUGCCGGGUGUGCCCACGGGUCUACGUGCAGACACCCUUUCUCCAACUUCCAUUCAGGUGUCUUGGAAAGAGCCCACCCAAAACACUCAGGACAUAAUUGGAUAUGUGCUCCAUAUACGCAAGACUGCUGACCCAGUGGAAAUGGAGUACCAGGAGGCUGUGAGUAAAAUGACCCUGCAGCAGGUAAUCGGAGAUCUGGAGCCUUCCACCAGCUACAGCUUCUAUGUGAAGGCUUACACGUCCCGUGGAGCCAGUAAAGCCUCUGAGACGGCUGUGGAGAGCACUCUGGGAGAAGUCCCUGCACCACCAGCCUUGUUCGUGAGAGUGAUUAAUUCGACUGUGGUUCAGGCCACGUGGGAGCCCUCCACAAAGAUGGGCCAGCAGGAAGGAUUCAAUCUCUACUACCGUAAGGUCCCCGUCCCCCUCUUCACAGGACCCCUCACCUUCCCACGUAAUGUGACCCAGUACAACAUCACUCAGCUGGAUCCCUCUUUUGUGUAUGAAGUUAAGAUCCUGGCUUUUAACCAGCAUGGAGAAGGCAAUGCCACCCUGCGCUUUGUGUCGCUCAAGGAGGCAGUGGAGAAAUCAGUGCUAAAUACCCCUUGCGACUGUGUAAAAGACGAACAGAAUAAAAGCUCCACCACAGGCAUCAUCAUCGGCAUCCACAUCGGAGUCACGUGCAUCGUUUUCUGUGUCCUUUUCCUCAUGUUCAGCUACAGGGGCAGGUUGAAGAUGUGUAAAACCAUGCAUGCCACCCGGCAAGCGGGCCGGAACCCAGCAGGUGUCGUGUUAGAGUCCUCCUCCUCACAGGGGGCUUUGGCCCUUAACGGCCCCCACAGGUUCAGCCAAGAUGGGAAUGGAGGAACCCACUCUGCAAAGAGCUGCACCGACUCCAAUGAGAUGGAGAGACUCUUCUCAGAACCAUCCCACUUCUCCAGUCCACCUGACACCACCCACACAAUUGAGAGCUCUUUGGUCUCCUGUCCAUUGAAUGAAACUCAGAUUUCCUCACUCCCCCUUGAUGACUUCAGUCUGAUGGAGGAGUGUGAGGUGCAGUUCCGGCGGCAUCCAGCAGAGGGCCAACAGGAUGAAGACUGAUGAAGAAAUGAAAGCCAAGGAUAUCCUCUUUUCAGACUCCUGUCCAACUCAGGUCAACUGAAGUAUUCAUAUUUUUCAGUUCUGUUUUUAUCUCGCAAAGAAUAUAUUAUACUUAAGUUAAGUUCCCUUUGUGGGAAUCACUGUAAUGCCGGGGGUCCCUCUGGCCUCAUAGUGGGUGAGGUUCUGUGAUGGACAGCUAUUAUUUCUCAUUGGUAGGUGAACAAAUACACAGUUACAACUGGCAGCAUACAUUCUCCAGUCACUGGUAUCUAUAAGUGACAUUAUUCGGCUAAGUAUUUUUCCUUCUACCGCAUAUUAGUUCUGUUUUUCGAUGUGCUGCCUUCUCCUAACCUACCAAUGAUUUCACAAGCCCAUCCAGUGGAGACCAAUACCUUCUUCCAGGGAUUUCAAAUUAUUCUCAGGAUUUUUUUUUUUUCACUGAUAUCAAUAUUUUUUUGUUUGGUUUCAACCUUCAUAAAGACUUUAGACUCGGCUACGUGAACCUUAGAAUUUACAACAAAAAACCUACCUCAGCUGGAAUGAAUGUCUUGUAGGAAGUCUACAAAAGUCUGUUUUUAUACACAUCAUGCAUUCAGUCAAAAGAGAAAGAGUUGCUUCUCUACCUCAGAUUUCAAGGACUGCCGCUCUCCUGCUCGCUGAAGCAAAACAAGAAAAAAAAAAUCCAACAUAUAGCACUUCCAAAUGUUGAAGUCAUUGUUCUACCUCAAAAUAACAAAGUUGUUAUUGUCGUUGUGGUUGUUUUCUGAUAUUGCAGCACAUCCUCUGUUCGUACGAUCCUGGCUUCACCAUGUUGAUUAAUUGCUGUGUUUUGAUAUGUCAGUACCUCAUGCCAGGUGACAGAUGACAUUGUUCUAUGAAUUCUGCGUGUAAAGAUGUUUCGACAGUGUCCUUGUAUUCGUGUAGAUUUUUUUUGUUCUAUGUUUCCUGAUCAGAGUAUUUUUUAUUUUAAUCGUAGUCGACGCCGUAAAUUGGAAAGACUUUAAGAUAAACUGCACUGUUACUAAUGUCUUCAGGAUAAAAAUACUGCUCUCAGUUGAACCGCUGGAAGAAGAGUGACCACCGUACGCAAAGCUGGAUAUACACAUAAAAUUAUUGAAGAGCUUGACUUCAUGUGUUUUGCGUGUCAUGUGACAAUGAAAUGUGGGGGUUGAACAUGUAUGUAACGCGUUCUUUACGGAAUUAAGCACAUACGCUGUUUUUUAUGUGUGCCGAUAGAAGUAAGUGGUGAUGUGGUUUAGAUACAUAUAUCACGUGUUGUGAUAUUUCAUGAAGAAUUGAAAUUGAAAAUUGAAUCUUUGCCUGGGUUGUAACUACAGGACUUAGCUCAGCUCCGCUCCCUUCGAGCACCCAUGGAUACUGUGGAGGCUGUUCAGAUUCUCUGCUGUAUGGUAUGAAAUGAACGCCAAACUGUGGAAGAACUGGGCAUUCCAGAAUUCUCCAGGAAGUGAACAUUCCAUUAGGAGCCAAAGCCACUGGAGAUUCUCAUGGGUCCUAUGUGGUUCCAUCUUUCUUUCUUAUUUUAAUAUCCCAAGCCCCUCAUGUCACAUAGAUCAGGGAGCACAAAGUGCAUCGGAUGUAUGCACAUAACUCGCACUCCUAACAUCUCUUGGCAUUAGAAUGCUAAGAAUGAUGAGUAGAGGAUGCUUGAGCUACCACUGGUCAUCUCUUCAUAUGUCUGACCAGCUAUUGAAUUUCUUUUCACUGUGUGCUCAGCCACCCAAUCCAAGACCAGCUGUUUCUUUUAGCGGGGAGGAAAGUACCAGCAAGAUGUUCUUACUCCUCUGGUAUCCAACAGUGCUGUGGUGCAUAUAAAUAUAUACAUAUAUAUAUAUAUAUAUAUAUAUAUAUAUAUAUAUAUAUAUAUAUAUAUAUAUAUAUAUGUAUAUAUAACCUACCUCGACACAGCAGUCAUGCUCUCAGGUUGCUCCUAUUCUGAUGGGGAGAUUGUAUUUUUUUAUAGUACACAUACAUGCAAGCAUACAUUUAAACAUCAAUGGAGAACAUCUCCAUUGGGCCCUUUAUCAGAUCAGUGCGUUGCAUUAGCUUUUCAUGCUCUUUGAUUUCGUGAAUGUAAAGUGAUAUUUUUUCAUGUUAUGUUUGUCUGUAUCGAAUACUCAUGUUUGCUUUAUUUGGCUAGUUUAAAUGACUCGUCCAUCGGUUUUGCCACCAUCAUCUUUGUUCUGAUUUUAAUAAGAAUCAUUAUCAGUGUGUGUGUAGAUAAGAGUCAAAAUUGCAUAUUUUCAUAACGCCCACAAAUUCUGUUAACAAUUUUUUUUAACGAAAUGGAUAAAGCCUAGAUAAUCAAAAAAUCCCAUUCAUAUAAGGUAUAUUGCCUCAAAUACUGGUUCCGAAACAGAAUUGCACAGUAUAUUACAGUGUAUAAAAGACUCAGACUAUGUGCUGUAUAUUUAUUGUACCAAAUGCGCUGUAGUGUUGUCAUUGGAGACUGUAGAUGCUUUUGUGUUGUCUAUAUACAGAAAAGUGCUCAAUUUAUUGACUGUGUUGAAUAGAAUUAAUGGAAAAGUAUCUGAACUGUGCUGUAGAACAUUGUUCCUAAUAAUGAAAGUCUCUGAAAUAUCUUUUUGUACAGUUUUGGUGCUCUUGACAUUCCUGUAAAAAGACAACAUGUUUCCAUCUGUUGUGUAAUGCGAUUCAAGCAAUGAUACAUUUCCAAAAGCCAACUGCAUUAGGUGCACCUCUGUUACUUGUUUCCUGAUGGAUUUGGUCUUGUGAUGUUUGUAAACCUAUCGUGUGCAGAUCAGUACAGUUGAGUAUUUUCAAAACAGUAAUGAACAUCAUCAGGCUUCAUGUUAUAAUAUUUAUUAGAUGCCAGUGUGGUAGUCAUUGGUUGAAUUAGGGUGGAUUUUAGACCACAAACGGACUGGUGCUCUUUUCAGUUUAUCAAGUCUACCUCAGACUGAUGACAUGAAACUCAUCUUGAUCUCCUCCUCCUCUCAGCCUUUUCAAGGGGGUAUUUAGUCCUUGUCUGCAUUUUAAAUAAAGGGGUAAUCUGAGCUCUCGCGCCUGCAUGGAACCUGUGAUGAUGAUAAUCAUCAUGCCGAAAAGUCUGUUAUUGUGAUAAAGCAUUAUAGCCACAGACUUUUCUGGUCUGCCCAUAGUGAUUGGUCUCGCUUUGUUUCCAUUCAAUAUUUAGUAUAGUUUCUGGCUCAAUUCCCUGAAAGAACAAAGGACGUGUUACCAAAAUGGCCUCUAGAACCUACUUCGCACAUGUUAUAUACACACACACACACGGUCACAUGUCUGUAAAGAAAGACAUGUUUGUGUCAGCAUUAGUGCCGUGUCCCAGAUUUCCCCAGGGAGACUCAUGGAUGAGGCAUUAGCAUGUAGCAGCUUCAGCUCCGGCCAGCACUAUGGCAACCCCGACCUAUUCACAGCAGCAGAAAGACGUUCAAACUUUGAAUCUGUAAAACAAACAGCGUUUUGUAUGGGAUAAUAUGUACCAGUUUCAGUCUGUUAAGCCCCUUUCAGGACAAGGAUUACAUAGGAGUGCGCUUUUUGCUUUGAGUGAGGGGACCCAGAGCAGCCCAACUGAGAGGAAUUUAUACGCUUGCUUUCACAGUUUUACACACACAGAGGCUUUAAACUUUUAUUUGAUGCAACAUACCUUGAUCACAAAGGUCUGAAUGCUAUCUAAAUCACUUCACUUACGGUACUAAAGCACGAGGCCUCUAGUCUCUAGAUUAGAUUUCUGAUGUGACGCUAUGAUGUGUAUAACUGUUAUUAAAAUCUUGUAGUACUGUACUGUACCGUUCAUAAAAAUGAAUGUGAAAUGUGUUUACUGUGAUACUCUUACAAUGGAAGCAGAAAAGUGGGGUUUAAAACUAGAAUGUUUUUUUAGCAUGAAUUAUUUAUUACUGUUUGUUGAGUUCUUUUUUUAUUUUUCUGAUAGAACUGACGUUAUUUCACCUGCUUUGUAGUUACUUAUGACUUUGCACAUGAUAAUAGUCUCAUGCUAAUCCAAGUUAUGGUUAUGCUUUUGACAGUGUGAUGAUUCCAUAUUUUCAAUGUUUGUUUGCUGUGCCUCCCACUUGACUUCUAGGCUUCCUUAGUAAGUUUAUGACUGUCUUGGCGUUUAAUUGACGGCAUGACACGGAUGGAAUCCAUAGAUAUUAAAUGACCUGGAAUAUUAAUAUUUGUUAUUGUAAAGUGGUAAAGUAUAAAUCAUUUGCUGUUUCCAGAGAAUUAUUUGUACUGAUGUAAAAUUCACAUUGAUAAAAACUAAUAUUUCACAGAUUAGAUUAAGGCUAGUUAGCAAGCACAAUAUGUUAAAUGAAUGGCACUAACAGUUUGUGCAUUUCUUGUGUUUAAAUUGACAACAAACGAGUCUAAAUUGACCCUCUUUUAGGUUCCUAACACAUCUCAGCUAAUUUACAGCUGUUAUAUAGGCUGUACAUUCAGUUUUGGUAAUAAUACGGUGAAUGUGAAGAUGACCGUCACUUCUGUAAAACUGUGUUCAUGACUGAAGCACUGAAAAUCUCUUUACUACCAUGUGGUGCUAUUUCUGUCACUGCUGCGAAUCAUUGGACGCCCUUGUCAUUUUGUUGAAUUUUUUUUGUUCUUUCGAACUGUGAUACUCACUGUCUUCCACAAAACAGUGAAUGUAUCCUUCCAUUAUUUGAAUCUGCUUUGUAAAGUUCUGUGUAAAAGACUUGUGUGUUUCAUUAAGGGAAGUUAUGCAUUGAUGUCUCAGCGCAAACUGUAUUUGUGUAUAGCUAUUAAACCCCGCUCAGAGCUGCAUAUGAUUAUGGAAAUGUAAUGCACUUGCAAGGUUAGCACAGACUGUUCAAAUGUGUAUCUCUGUAAUCCACCAUACAAACUUUAAUUCUGGAGCUCAGCAGGAAAACAGUGCCUGGGGACAAACUCCAGCAAGCAAUGGCUUUUGUGUUGCCUAUGACCAACCGUUUCACCAUCCAGCCAUCUCAAGACUUCAUUUUGAGCUAAGCAGGUGUGAGAUGUUCAGUUUUCACCAUGUAAGUCACGCUCUAUAAUUCAGGUCCAACACUGUUUUUAUCAGUUUGUCUUCUCCAAAUUUGAUGUCUGCAACCCACUCUGACCACAGACGGUCAAUGUUGUGUAUGUACAUAUGCAUAUAUUGGUAUGUGUACAUGUAUAUUUAUAUAAAGAAAGAAUACUAGACCGUUUUUAGUGGUUUGUAUUGGUUUAGGGUUCAUUGUGAAACAAUGUUGAAAGUCAAUAACAAUGAUGACAAUAAACUAGUUCUAGUUUUAAAAAAUGA